GGGAUUGAGCCAGUUCAGGCCAGCCUGCUGCUCUGACUCUCCUUCUCUCCUUUUCUUUUCCCUCUCACUCUCUCUUCCUGUCCUGUCUGUUUAAGGAGUGAACGAUUGGGAAAUUCCUUCAAGCUACUUUACUUCAGGUUUCUCUGGGAUUUAAACAUGCACACUGAGGCUUUGGUACAGUCCAUUUUGAUGCCAUUGUUUCUGAUUCUGCUCACUACGGUGGAGGACACUUUGUUACAAUCGGUGAGCCAGGUGGGUGGUGUGUGCAAGCUGUCCACAGAGUCGUCCCUGCGCCGCUGCCGGACACCUGAUGGCAAGAUCUGCAGUGGGAGGGGCAAGUGUGACUGCGGCAUUUGCGUCUGCGAGGCCACAGAUCCAGGGAAAUUCUACGGUCCACGCUGCGAUUGCCACGACUGGGUCUGUUCUACAUAUAAUGGGAAAACUUGCAACGACCGCGGCUACUGUGACUGUGGGAUGUGUGAGUGUGAUGAAGGCUGGUUUGGAGAUGUGUGCCAGUUCCAGGAGGACUGUAACCUACCCAGCAAGAAGAGCAAAGAGCUUUGCAAAAACACACAAGGGGUGGUGUGCUCCAACAGAGGAACUUGCCACUGUGGGAGCUGCAUGUGUAACAAUAAGGACAGCAAGGGUCUGGUGACGGGACAUUAUUGUGAGUGUGAUGACAGCGAGUGUCUGGACGAGGACAACGGAGAGGUGUGUGGAGGCCAUGGCCAGUGUUACUGUGGAAACUGUUACUGUGCUGCUGGUUGGCAUGGAGACAAAUGUGAAUUCCAGUGUGACAUCAGCCCAUGGGAAAGCAAGCGGAGAUGCACGUCUCCAGAUGGGAAAAUCUGCAGCAACAGAGGGACCUGUGUGUGUGGGGAGUGUAACUGUCACGAUGUAGAUCCCUCUGGCGACUGGGGAGAUAUCCAUGGAGACACCUGUGAGUGCGAUGAGAGGAACUGUCAUGCAACCUACGACCGAUACACGGAUGACUUCUGCUCAGGUCAUGGACAGUGUAAUUGUGGCAGGUGUGACUGCAAAGAGGGAUGGGCUGGGAAGAAAUGCGAGCAUCCUCUGUCCUGCUCCCUGUCUCUGGAGAGCAGCAUGAAGAAGUGUCGAGGAACGUCCAAUUUGUCCUGCUUCGGACGAGGUCAAUGCCAGUGUGGACAGUGUACCUGCUAUCCACCCGGAGACAGUCGUGUUCAUGGCAAGAACUGUGAGUGUGACGACCGUCAGUGUGAGAACAUCAGUGGGGAGGUCUGUGGAGGUCACGGUUACUGUUCGUGCGGACGCUGCAUCUGCGAGGAGGGCUGGUUCGGGAAGCUGUGCCAGUUCCCAAGGUCUUGUGACCUGAGCGAGGAUCAGAGCAAGGAGCUUUGUGAGACUUCAGACAACCUCAUGUGCAGUGGAAAAGGUUCCUGUCACUGUGGCCAAUGUAUCUGCCGCCCCCAAGACUGGUGGGUGUCUGGAGAGUACUGCGAGUGUGACGACAGAGAGUGUGACAAACAUGACGGCCUCAUCUGCACAGGGAAUGGAUUGUGCAAUUGCGGCAACUGUGAGUGCUGGGACGGCUGGAUGGGGAACGCUUGUGAGAUCUGGGUAGGAGCAGAAUACUGAGGAGGAGAGGAUACUGCUGUUAGGAGACAGGAGGCCUGGCUGCCCGGAGCGACCAGGAGCACCGCCCAUGGUCGGCCAGAAAAAACCACGGGAGGAGGAAGAGGAAAAAAUCUAAACAUGGAUGUAAUUCCGCAUAUCAUUAACAUACAGAGUUUGAUUGUACUGGUUACAAAGGAUCCUUAUAAAACGGAGUAUUGUAGGUGCUAAAGAAACAUAUUGCCAUGUAAUCUGUAAUAUGAUUCCAAAAUUGUUUUUUUUAAAUGUAGGAAUGCAGCUACAGUACAUGACAAAUAUUAUUAUUAAAGUGACAUUUUUGCAAUAUGAUAAAUACAAUUGGUGCUAAUGUAAAUCACUACAGAGGGGUGUGUUGGAAAAUUUGGACUGCAAGUUCACUCGAAAGAUCGUACCAGGAGUUACUGUUUGAGGUUUUUAUUUCUUUUUAAUAAUAAAACAUUAAUGUGCCGCAUGACACAACAUUUUGCAUGGAAAACAAUGCGAAGACCUUAAUCAUACAUGGUUACAAAUUUGUUAUAACAUGACAUAACUCCAAUGGGCAUACUUGCAAUGGUAUAUAUAUUUUUUUGAAAAUAAAUCAUUUAAAUAGUGCCUUUUUUUCUCCGCCGGGAAAUCAAACCAAACAACCCGCCAUGACAACCACACUGUACUGAAGGUACGCGAUGGACACAUCUCACUCAACACACACUAGUGACAAGGUUAAAUUCUAAGUGGAGGAAACAAAGAGAGGGCAUACAUAGUUCAGUUGUGGCAUGCUGGAUGUCCAUGUCACCUCAAAGAAUAGCAUCAGGGGAUGAGAGCUGCAUUGACACAAGAGCUCAGUCACUGCUUGAAAAGAGGACCAAUAAGAAGUCACAAAGAAAAUUUAAUGUAAAUUCUACUUUGGCCUUUUUCAUGCUUAAACUAGCCAACCCUUCUAUUUUCUUUGCCCCCUCAAAAAUGACUGGUGCAAUAAUAUACUGCACACUAUAUUGCAUUAAGUAUGUUACUGACAUUACAGUACACCUUUAUAUAAAUAUUUUAUUCAAUAUGUUGUAUAUGUUGUAUACAACAAACACAAACUGUAUAGUGUAGACAAACUCGUUGCAUAUAUGUAUGUAAAAUUAGCGGUACAUACCAACAGUUCUUGAUAGACAUAGCCUACUACAUGCAGUUCAUCGAUGCCAUCCUCUCCCCAUGCAACAGAUGGGACAACACACAAAAUAAGAGGUUUCAAAACAGAGGCAAACGAAAUUUGUUAGAAGAUUCUUGUUACACAUCAGAAGAAAGGGGGGACAAAGCAAACGUGAGCGGUAUCAGGACACGACAUCACGCACAACCCGUAUACAAGAGAAAAAUAAGGACUAACCAAAAAACGGUGGGCUACAGAGAUCCAAACAGAGAUGUACAUUUACACACCGGUCAUUUACAAAAAUAAAGUCAGCCUCGGAGGAGCCAGUUAUCUGGAGGGCAAGGCUGGGGCAGCAGCCAGCCCAGCAUGUAGAGUUUGUAAGAGUCGAGGAUGAUGGGCUGUAAUGAGGACACAACAUCAUCCCCAAACACAACUACAGUGGUUUUCAGCUCGUGUGUAUAGUACGUCAUAUUUGUUAUCAACAGCUUUGUACAGACAAAUAUUGAAUCCUCACUAAUGUGCUUUGAUGUGCUGUAAUAAGAAAUGAUCCUGUGUAAUCCCAAUAAACUCCGAAAAUUAUAUUCACCAAA